AUGGCCAACGCCCCUCACGGUGGUGUCCUCAAGGACCUUCUCGCCCGCGAUGCUCCCCGCCAGGUCGAGCUCGCCGCUGAGGCCGAGUCUCUCCCCGCUGUGACCCUCACUGAGCGCCAGCUGUGUGAUCUCGAGCUGAUCAUGAACGGAGGUUUCUCUCCUCUGGAGGGUUUCAUGAACCAGGCAGACUACGACCGUGUCUGUGAGGACAACCGCCUUGCCGAUGGCAAUGUGUUCUCCAUGCCCAUUACCCUCGACGCUAGCCAAGAGGUUAUCGACGAGAAGAAGCUCCAGGCUGGCUCUCGCAUCACCCUGCGUGACUUCCGUGACGACCGUAACUUGGCUAUUCUUACUAUCGACGACAUUUACCGCCCCGACAAGACUAAAGAGGCCAAGCUUGUCUUCGGCGGUGACCCAGAGCACCCGGCUAUCGUGUACCUGAACAACACCGUCAAGGAGUUCUACAUUGGUGGAAAGAUCGAGGCCGUCAACAAGCUCAACCACUACGACUAUGUCGCCCUCCGCUACACCCCCGCAGAGUUGCGUGUCCACUUCGACAAGCUGGGCUGGUCCCGUGUCGUCGCCUUCCAGACUCGUAACCCCAUGCACCGUGCCCACCGUGAGCUGACUGUCCGCGCGGCCCGUUCCCGCCAAGCCAAUGUCCUGAUUCACCCCGUUGUCGGUCUCACCAAGCCCGGUGACAUUGACCACUUUACCCGUGUCCGCGCCUACCAGGCUCUCCUUCCCCGCUACCCCAACGGCAUGGCCGUCCUGGGUCUCCUGGGUCUGGCCAUGCGUAUGGGUGGUCCCCGUGAGGCCAUCUGGCACGCCAUCAUCCGUAAGAACCAUGGUGCCACCCACUUCAUUGUCGGUCGUGACCACGCCGGUCCUGGUUCCAACUCCAAGGGCGAGGACUUCUACGGCCCCUACGAUGCUCAGCACGCCGUCGAGAAGUACAAGGACGAGCUCGGCAUCGAGGUCGUCGAGUUCCAGAUGGUUACCUACCUCCCCGACACCGAUGAGUACCGCCCCGUUGACCAGGUCCCCGCUGGCGUGAAGACCCUCAACAUCUCCGGUACCGAGCUCCGCCGUCGUCUGCGCUCCGGCGCUCACAUCCCCGAGUGGUUCUCUUACCCGGAGGGUUUCACCAUCUUCCUGACCGGUUACAUGAACUCCGGCAAGGAUGCCAUCGCCCGUGCUUUGCAGGUUACCCUGAACCAGCAGGGUGGUCGUUCCGUCUCCCUGUUGCUGGGUGACACCGUCCGCCACGAGCUCUCCUCCGAGCUGGGCUUCACCCGCGAGGACCGUCACACCAACAUCCAGCGCAUUGCCUUCGUUGCCACUGAGCUUACCCGCGCCGGUGCCGCUGUCAUCGCUGCCCCCAUUGCUCCCUACGAGGAGUCUCGCAAGUUCGCCCGUGACGCUGUCUCCCAGGCUGGAUCCUUCUUCCUGGUCCACGUCGCCACUCCCCUCGAGCACUGCGAGCAGUCCGACAAGCGUGGCAUCUACGCUGCUGCUCGUCGUGGCGAGAUCAAGGGCUUCACUGGUGUCGACGACCCUUACGAGACUCCUGAGAAGGCUGAUCUCGUUGUCGACUUCUCCAAGCAGAGUGUGCGCAGCAUUGUGCACGAGAUCAUUCUCGUUCUGGAGAGCCAGGGUUUCCUGGAGCGUCAGUAA